CAGCAUUUUGUCGCUUUGAUCACAGCGCUGCUACGACCGCAGCUGCGACACAGACAAGAUGAAGAGCUUACGAAGGGAUCUCUCCUCGAACCCCCAGGCCCAAAAUGUCACCAGCAAAAUCUUCGUCCGGUCCACGAAAAGUGGGAAGGUGCAAAAGAUCGUUCGCGAGCUUUAUCUAAGACAGGAUAUUCCUUGCUCGUCGAAGCUUUGCGUGGCGUGUCCGUCGGUCGCCCCAGCGGAUGCGAAUGGAAAUAUUACGCCGUUCGUCCUGUCCGAACAACCUGCGGGCACCAAAGCUUUCCCUCGCGGCCACUACCUCGUCCCUGAUACGAAUGCCUUGUUGAAUGGAAUGGACCUCUUCGAACACACCGGAGCUUUCUACGAUGUCAUCAUCCUGCAGACCGUUCUUGAGGAGCUGCGGAACCAGUCUCUUCCCCUCUACAACCGCUUGCUUGCGCUGAUCAAGACCGAUGAGAAGCGCUUCUAUCUCUUCUUUAACGAGUUCCGCCUGGAGACCCACGUUCGGCGUGGCCCCGACGAGUCGAUCAACGACAGAAACGACCGAGCCGUCAGAGCUGUAGCUAAGUGGUACAUGGGGCAUUUGCAGUCUACGGCCAAGAAGGGCAAGAAAGAGCGGUCGAUCCCGGCCAUUGUCGUUAUCACGGACGAUAAAGAGAACCUCCGGAAGUCGAAGGACGAAAACAUUACGGCGUUGUCGUUGACGGAUUACGUUUCGGGUCUGGAAGAUUCCGACAGGUUACUGGACAUGAUCAACGAGUCGAGAGAAGCGAGAGAAGCAAAGGGCGCACGCGGAGAACUCUUCUACCCCGAGUAUUACACCAUGUCAAAGCUUCAGACGGGUUUGAGGGCUGGAACAUUGCACCAGGGCGUCUUCAACGUGUCGCCAUACAACUACUUGGAGGGCUCUGUUAACGUUCCGGCGUUUGACAAGCCUCUGUUAAUCCUGGGUCGCGACAACAGCAACCGAGCAAUCUCUGGAGACGUUGUUGUGAUUGAAGUAUUGCCAAAGGACCAAUGGAAGACUCCUUCAACCAAGCUUGUCGACGAAGAGGCUGUGACCAAGAAUGACAACCCGGAUGCCGAAGACAACGAGGCGGUUGUCACGGAGAGAGAACGCAAGGCCCUGCAGGAGGAAGUCAAGAAAGCACAUGGAAAGAACUCCGAGGGCAGGCCACAGCCAACAGCCAAGGUCGUUGGUGUGAUGAAGCGGAAUUGGCGCCAAUACGUCGGCCAUGUCGAUUCAGGCUCGGCAGGCUCCCAGACCAGCUCGAGUCGACGACAGCAAAAUGUCUUUGUUCUGCCCAUGGAUAAACGUGUGCCCAAGAUCAGGUUACGCACUAGACAAGCCGCUGAUCUCAUGGGCCAACGUAUCCUGGUCACUAUUGACGCUUGGGAUCGCGAUUCACGGUACCCCACCGGACACUUCAUCCGGUCGCUGGGAGAAUUAGAAACCAAGGGAGCCGAGACAGAGGCUUUGUUGCUUGAAUAUGACGUUCAAUACAAACCUUUCCCCAAGGCUGUCCUUGACUGCCUUCCUGCGGAGGGCCAUGAUUGGAGAGUCCCCGAGAGCAAAGAGCACAUUGGCUGGAAGGGGCGGAGGGAUCUUAGAGACCUUCUUAUCUGCAGUAUCGAUCCACCUGGCUGUCAGGAUAUUGAUGACGCUCUGCAUGCGCGUCCACUGCCUAACGGUAACUUUGAAGUCGGUGUUCACAUCGCCGACGUCUCACAUUUCGUCAAGCCAAACAACGCCAUGGACCUGGAGGCGUCGCAGCGUGGAACCACGGUGUAUCUGGUUGACAAACGUAUUGACAUGCUGCCUCACUUGCUUGGUACAGACCUGUGCUCCCUCAAGCCAUACGUUGAGCGUUACGCCUUCUCCGUCUUGUGGGAGAUGACCCCCAAUGCAGAGGUUGUGUCCGCGGAUUUCACCAAGUCGGUUAUCCGGUCCCGUGAAGCCUUCAGCUACGAGAAGGCCCAGAAGCGCAUCGACGACCCUAAACAAACCGACGAAUUGACCGAGAGCAUGCGCACCUUGCUGCGCUUCUCCAAGAUUCUCCGGCAGAAGCGUAUGGACGCCGGUGCCCUGAACCUCGCGUCCCCCGAAGUCCGGAUUGAGGCGGACAACGACGAAGUCGGCGACCCGCUCGCCGACGUCAAGACCAAGGCCAUGCUUGAGACGAACAGCCUUGUCGAAGAGUUUAUGCUUCACGCCAACAUCACCGUUGCUUCCAAGAUCUAUAGCACCUUCUCCCAGACGGCCAUGCUCCGCCGGCACGCCACGCCUCCCCCGCAGAACUUCGAAGAACUCAUCAACCAACUCACCAAGAAGCGAGACAUGCGCCUCGACGUAUCCAGCUCCCGGGCGCUCGCCGACUCCCUCGAUCGCUGCGUCGACGAGAAGAACCCCUUCUUCAACACCUUGGUCCGUAUCCUGGCGACACGCUGCAUGACCUCGGCCGAGUACUUCUGCGCGGGCGCUCACGCGGAGUCGGAGUUCCGCCACUACGGUCUCGCCUCGCCCAUCUACACGCACUUCACCUCGCCCAUCCGCCGCUACGCCGACCUGCUCGUCCACCGACAGCUCGCGUCAGCGAUCGGGUACGAGGGCGAGGACGGCCGGGCCGUGGUGGAGGGGGUGAUGACGCGCAACCGGCUGGAGGACAUCUGCCGCAACAUCAACUACCGGCACCGCAACGCGCAGUUCGCCGGCCGCGCCAGCAUCGAGUACUACGUCGGGCAGGCGCUCAAGGCGCGCGGCGAAAAGAUGGCCGCCGACGGCGUCGACGGCGGUAUCGAGGAGGAAGGCUACGUGAUGCGCGUGUUCGAGAACGGCGUCGUCGUCUUCGUGCCGCGCUUCGGCAUCGAGGGCGUCGUCCGCCUCGAGGACUUCGUCCUGCCCAAGGACGCCGCCCUGCGCACCGUCGCCGAGCGCCGCGAGCUGGUCGUCCGCCGCCAGAGCGACUUCGAUAGCGAGGAGUAUACGCUUCGCGUCUCGAACAAGGGCGAAUCCGACCAGGAGCACGGCGUUACUGUUGAGCUAUUCCAGAAAGUCAAUGUCAAUGUCAGCUCCGUCAAGGAGGAAGGCGGUCGGGGCGCUGGAAAGCGUAGAGUGCGGAUCUUGAUCUUGGGUCGCGGUGCUUAGGGAUAGUAAAGAAAGAAAG